GGAAUUGGACCUGUGAAAAAACUAUAGCUACCCACUUUCAUGAGACACAUUAAUUGAAUGGUUGCGACCACAGCCAUAGCGAAAGAUAAUUUAAAUCGUAUUUUAAUGCGUUUUUUCCUCCCUGCUCCAUGUAUUCAAUGUGCAGCAUUUUGAAAUGUGUCUGUUAAGUGCGGAUUUACUUCCGGGCUAUUAUCAGAUCCUUUUCUGUAUGUUCCUAGACGGUGGUCAGCUGAUGAGUGUGAACAGCAGAAUUACCUGGUGUGUGUGACCCAGAAAUAUCUCCGAUAAUAAAGGGCCGUGAACCUAGGUGUGAGAGAAGACUCCGCACCCUCUCAAUCAGACGGAGUUCGUUUUCACCAUGGCCAGUUUGGACUAAGGAACAGCCACGAUGAUCGGAGGACUGUUCAUUUACAACCACAAAGGGGAGGUCCUUAUCUCCCGUGUCUACCGCGAUGAUAUAGGGCGCAACGCUGUGGACGCGUUCCGUGUGAAUGUGAUCCAUGCCCGGCAGCAGGUGCGCUCUCCAGUGACCAACAUUGCACGUACCAACUUCUUCCAUGUCAAGCGUUCCAACAUCUGGCUGGCAGCGGUUACCAAGCAGAACGUCAACGCCGCCAUGGUGUUUGAGUUCCUCUACAAGAUGUGCGAUGUCAUGGCUUCCUACUUUGGCAAGAUCAGCGAGGAGAACAUCAAGAACAACUUUGUGCUGAUCUACGAGCUGCUCGACGAGAUCCUGGAUUUCGGGUAUCCCCAGAACUCUGAGACGGGAUCACUGAAGACCUUCAUCACUCAGCAGGGCAUCAAAGGCCAGCAUCAGACAAAGGAAGAGCAGUCUCAGAUCACUAGUCAGGUGACCGGGCAGAUUGGCUGGCGUCGCGAAGGCAUCAAGUAUCGACGCAAUGAGCUCUUCUUGGAUGUGCUGGAGAGUGUCAACCUGCUCAUGUCGCCUCAAGGUCAGGUCCUGAGCGCCCACGUGUCCGGCCGUGUGGUAAUGAAGAGCUACCUGAGCGGAAUGCCAGAGUGCAAAUUUGGCAUGAACGACAAAAUUAUAAUUGAUAAGGCGGGUAAAGGCGGGGUCACUAAUGAGGCGGGAAAGAGUACCAGUGGAAAGCAAUCUAUAGCCAUCGACGACUGUACGUUCAACCAGUGUGUGCGUCUCAGUAAGUUUGACUCGGAGCGCAGCAUCAGCUUCAUCCCUCCGGAUGGAGAGUAUGAGCUCAUGAGAUACCGAACCACUAAAGACAUCAUCCUACCUUUCCGAGUCAUUCCGCUGGUCCGGGAGGUGGGCCGCACCAAGCUGGAGGUCAAAGUGGUCAUCAAGUCCAACUUCAAACCCUCGCUACUGGCCCAGAAAAUUGAGGUGCGCAUUCCCACGCCGCUCAACACCAGCGGUGUCCAGGUGAUCUGCAUGAAGGGUAAGGCCAAGUACAAGGCCAGCGAGAACGCCAUCGUAUGGAAGAUUAAGCGCAUGGCUGGGAUGAAGGAGUCUCAGAUCAGUGCUGAAAUCGAGCUGCUGCCCACCAACGAUAAGAAGAAGUGGGCGCGUCCUCCCAUCUCCAUGAACUUUGAGGUUCCAUUUGCCCCCUCUGGGCUGAAGGUGCGCUACUUGAAGGUGUUUGAGUCCAAGCUGAACUACAGUGACCAUGAUGUUAUCAAAUGGGUGCGCUACAUUGGCCGAAGUGGCAUCUACGAGACUCGCUGCUAAUGUUAGCGACCGGUUUACCAAGCAAUCUCCCUCUGUUCCUCUGUCCGCCAUCUCAAUCUCUCCCCUUUACUCAAUGUUGGGGAUGAAUAAAAAUGUUUUUAUAACGCA